CUCUCCUCUCCUUCAUGUUUUCCACUUCUAGUAGGACCCACCGGUCCUCGGCCAUCUCGCCGUUCCGCUCCCGCAAGUCGCCUGCCCAGCCGCUGCCGCUGGCGGCCUCGAAAUCCACUGGACGGCCGUCAACUCCUUCAUCAACGACGUCGUCUAGGCCUCCCUCAAGGAUUUCGGGCACUCCUGUUAGUUCAGGUCUAAGUCCGACGGCUCAGGCCCUCGACCGGCCCGAACCCAGCAAGGCUAAGGAAAAUGUGACGGUUACUGUUAGGUUCCGUCCUCUCAGUGCUAGGGAGAUUAAUAAAGGGGACGAGAUAGCGUGGUAUGCUGAUGGGGAGCAUACAGUGAGGAACGAGAACAAUCCUUCAAUUGCUUACGGUUUUGAUAGAGUGUUUGGUCCUGCUACAACAACUCGCCAUGUUUAUGAUGUUGCUGCACAGCAUGUUGUUAGCGGUGCCAUGCAAGGGAUCAAUGGUACUGUGUUUGCAUAUGGUGUCACUAGUAGUGGGAAGACUCAUACAAUGCAUGGAGAGCAAAAGUCACCUGGGAUUAUUCCAUUGGCAGUAAAAGAUGUGUUUGGAAUUAUACAGGAGACACCUGGACGGGAAUUUCUUCUUCGUGUUUCAUAUUUAGAAAUCUAUAAUGAGGUCAUCAAUGAUUUGCUUGAUCCAACAGGGCAAAACCUAAGAAUACGAGAGGAUGUGCAGGGAACCUAUGUUGAGGGAAUCAAAGAAGAAGUUGUUUUAUCACCUGCACAUGCUCUUUCCUUGAUAGCAUCUGGAGAAGAGCAUAGGCAUGUGGGUUCUAAUAAUUUCAAUCUUCUAAGCAGUCGUAGCCACACUAUAUUCACCUUGACUAUUGAAAGCAGUCCACGUGGAGAAAAUGAAGGGGAAGAAGAUGUAACCUUGUCUCAGUUGAACUUAAUUGACCUUGCAGGAUCUGAAAGUUCUAAAACUGAAACAACUGGAUUGCGGAGAAAAGAGGGUUCAUACAUAAACAAAAGCUUACUCACUCUUGGCACAGUGAUCUCUAAACUAACAGAUGGAAAAUCAACUCAUAUUCCAUACCGGGAUUCAAAACUCACACGUUUAUUGCAGUCAUCCCUCAGCGGUCAUGGGCGGAUCUCUCUUAUUUGCACCGUGACACCUGCCUCUAGCAAUAGUGAAGAGACACACAACACAUUGAAGUUUGCACACAGAAGCAAGCAUGUGGAAAUCAAGGCUUCUCAGAAUAAGAUUAUGGAUGAGAAGUCUCUCAUAAAAAAGUAUCAGAAGGAAAUUUCCUCCUUAAAGCAAGAACUUCAGCAAUUAAAGCGUGGGCUAAUGGAAAAUCCUUAUAUGGCUGCAUCUACCCAGGAGGAUUUGGUUAAUUUGAAGCUUCAGUUGGAAGCUGGUCAGGUCAAAUUACAGUCAAGAUUGGAAGAAGAGGAGCAAGCCAAGGCAGCUUUAAUGGGAAGAAUUCAACGGUUGACAAAACUUAUCUUGGUUUCCACCAAGAACUCAAUGCAAUCAAGCCUUCCAGAAAGGCCCGGUCACAGGCGAAGACAUUCUUUUGGGGAAGAUGAGUUAGCAUAUUUACCAGAUAGGAAACGAGAAUAUAUGACUGAAGAAGAUGCUGGAAGCUAUGCUUCUGAGCUUUCGGCUGACAAAGGGGAUGAUAUCACCAAUCUAGAUGAGUUGGUGAAUGAUUACAAAAGGAACAGGAGGCGGGGGAUGCUUGGCUGGUUUAAACCAAGAAAGCCCGAAAAUCUGGUUAGGUCAUCACCAAGUGCUGAUAGUGGGAGCUCUGCUGGUGGAUCACCUGCAUCUUGUUCUAAAUCAUCACAAAAUAGAGUCAUGUUUAGUGAUACAAAGGAUGGACGGAGAAUAUCAAUCAGUCGAAGAGGAGACGAUUCUGUGCUCAUUGACUCGUUUCCAGAAAGAAACCAAGCAGGUGACUUGUUUAGUGCCGCUGUUGGUGGUCACCAAUUGCCUCCGACUGGGACAACAAUCACGGAUCAAAUGGAUCUGCUUCGUGAGCAGGUGAAAAUGUUAGCUGGGGAGGUGGCAUUGUGUACUAGUUCUCUGAAAAGACUGUCAGAGCAAGCCAGUAGUAACCCUGAAGAUUGUCAACUGAAGGAUCAAAUGCAGAAGUUAAAAGAUGAAAUUACUGAAAAGAAGCUUCAGAUGCAUGUUCUGGAGCAACGCAUGAUUGGAUCAGUUGAGAUGACACCAAAUAAAUCAAGCAGCACUGGAUUGUCACAGGCUCUAUCCAAGCUCACUACGCAGCUAAAUGAAAAAAUUUUUGAACUUGAGAUUAAGUCUGCAGAUAACAGGGUACUUCAGGAGCAACUACAGAUGAAGAUAGCAGAAAAUACUGAGAUGCAAGAGACAAUUCUACUUCUGAGGCAGCAGCUUAAUUCAUUAUUGGGUAACAGUCAACCACCAAUUGCAGAAUCUGACACACUUAAAACUUGUUCUGAAGAGCUACCAAGGCAGAACCAAGGGGGGAAUAAUGAGAUUUGGCCAUGUGAAGAAAACUCUAUUGAUGAAAAUACGCCAAAAAGUGUCAUGAGCUUGAAUCGAAUAUUUUCCCAGGAUGACUCCAAAGAAUUCAAUGGCAAUUCUCCUUUGAGUUCUCAAGUUCUUAAGCAGGCUGCUGAGAUAGAGAAUCUGAAGCAAGAGAAGGUAAAGUUGUCUGAAGAAAAUGAUGGGCUUGAAAUUCGAAGUCAGAAACUGGCAGAGGAAGCUACAUAUGCAAAAGAACUGGCUGCAACUGCAGCAGUUGAGCUCCGGAACUUGGCUGAAGAAGUAACCAAGCUUUCUUAUGAAAAUGCAAAGCUGACUGGUGAUCUGGCUGCUGCAAAGGAGGUGCAUUGCAGAUCUAAUUGUUGUCAGAGAUCUGUUUCAUAUGAUUCCAAACAGAAUUCAAGUAGUGCUCGAUCUGAUGGUCAUGCAAGAAGACAAGAAGAUGGUUUAUUUAUUGAGGAGUUACGAAAAAAACUAAAUACAACAUGCCAAAGAGAAUCGGCAUUGGAAGCUGUAAUAUCUGAGAAAGAUAAAAUAGAAAGUGAGCUACGGGAAAGACUUGGUGAAGCAAAAUGGCGUGAAGAAGAUUUGGAAAAUGAGCUUGCCAAUAUGUGGGUGCUGAUUGCAAAGAUGAGAAUGUCCAGUUGCAAUGCUGAGGAUAUACCAUCUGAAGGGGCCCUUUCAUCUAACACUUCUCAAUCUGGACUUAAAAAUGGAUUUUUUCCAUCUAAUGGUCAUUCUAAUAGAAUAUCCAAAGAUGAAAUCUGUGAAAACAAGGAUGGGAUAAGCACAUUAGAUGAGUUAAAAAUCAGUUAUCAAAAAGAAAGAAGAAGAUGCAAGGAACUUGAAAGCCUUAUUUCAAGAUUAAAGGGUGAAGACAUUGGUGGUUUGGAUGUCAAAGCACUUGAGCAGCUACAGAAUUUUCAUAUUGAGGCUAUAACAAAAAUUUCUCAUGCAAAGUGUGCAAAUCAUAUCUUAUAACAUUCGAUGACCUAUUAUGUUGAAUCCUGCCAUACUGGAGUUUCUGACCUCUGAGGUGUAACCAAAUGUACAGUAACAGAAGUAACCCAAUUGAUGUAUGCCAGCUUCUCUCAUAACUCUCAGUAGAAGCAACAGCCAGGGAGUAGCACCUUUCUUGUAAUCCUAAAUGCGGUAGCUAACUUGUAGCGGAAAUGAACUAGGGACAUUACCAUAAUUUUGUAACAAAUGCUAUGUAUGUGGGACAAACCCAUUAAAUCUAUUGUGAAGGUUACAGAUCACAGAAGAAAGAACAACAUUUGUAAACCUAUGUGAUUGAACAAAUGUAUCUAUCUACUAUCUAUAAUGACAUCAAGCUAUUUAUUUUUGCCUUUUA